AGCAAAGAUAAUCCAGGGAGUUCCUAAAUACCCCACAGCAGUUUCCUCUAUUAUUAGCCUCCUACGCUAGGACGCACCCCGCUUACAACUAACCAACCCGUGCUGGGACAUUACUAUGAACGGAACUUCGUGCUUUAUUCAGAUGCACAGUUUCCCUGCCGUCCUUUUUCUGUUCCAGGAUCCCCCAUUCCACCUAGUUGUCGUGCCUCUUCAGGCUCCCCUUGGCUCUGGCAGUUCCUCAGGCUUUCCUCAUUUUUUAUGACUCUGACAGCUGCGAAGAGUAUGGGUCAGGUAUAUUCUAGGAUGCCCUCUAUUGGAAUUUGUCUCCUUAAAGAAGGACGAGACCAGGGUUGUGUUUUGCCGAGGAAGGCCACGGAGGACGGUAUAUUCUCAUCACACAUCAAGGGUUGAUGUUGACCUUGAUGACGUGGCCGAAAUAGCGUUUGUCAGGUUUCUCCACUGUAAAUUUUCUUCUUCUGCCUUUUCAGACUGUCUUCUUGGGAAGGAAGUCACUAGGUGCAGUCCACACUUAAGAAACAAGUUCUGUUCCACCGUCUCUAAGGACAGUAGGAAUCCUCCCUCAUUUCUGAGUCCUACAUUCACAUCAUUGCGAACUCAUGGGUAUUGUCUUAUACGUUGGGUUAUAAUCCAGUGUUACUUUAUUGUGUUGCCAAGCAACUCCGUCACUCUAGCUUUGCCCUGCCACCUCUCAGACCAGAGUUGGACAAGGGGCAUGUGUGGGGUGUAAAAGGUGUAAUUAUACUUUGUUUUCCUUUCUGGGAUGAAGGGAAGAAAGGAAUUAUCUCCCAACUCAUGGUUGAGGGUGUGUGGAUUAAGGACCCUAGUUUGACUGCCAGCCUCUCCUGCCUCAGCCUCAGCCUCCCCUAAGGGGCUGUGAGUCUGAGGCCUCUGAUGGGCUUGGUACCGCUCUGGGGGAAGAUGCUCAUCUCUUUCUUCCCAAAGAAUGGCUGGUCCCCUGGAUCCCAGUCUCAACGCCGAGGUGAGUGAGUGCUGGAAGAAUUCCAUGUUCAGCUGUCUGUUGGUUGCAGUGGGGCCCUGUUCUAGAAGGCUCUUGCGUCCAAGCCCAAGAGCAAGAAGGGGCUAAUUUCACUAGCAACCCUCCUACCUGAACAGAUCGCGUGCUUCUCUCUCUCUUCUACCCACUGCUCAUUCCCCGGCUCUGCCUGUGCAGCUCAGAUCUGGGCCAGAGCCCACCUACGCUGUGUGGUCUUCCUGCACCUAAACCACCCCAGACCCCAGGCCGGCAUGACCACUCCCCACUCUGGUUGGAAGCCCUGAUCUCUACUGCUCACAGUCCCAACCAGGGUCCUGGUUUCUCGUGUCACCCUACAGGCUCAGCUCCCAGAAGGCAGGGUGGGGAUCCAAUCACUAGAACUGGGCUCCCUGUGGGUUCGUGUGUGGGUUGGAGUAAAAGCCUCCUUUUUCUGCCCUCAGGAAGCUCAGGACAGGAGACAGAGCACACGAUAUCUCCAGGGACCAGGUUGUAGUCGGAGUACCUUCAGGCGUGUAUGGCAGACAAGGCGGCAGAGAGGCUGAGGCCCACACAGCCUCGCACCCUGCACGUCACGGCUACUAUGCGCCUUGGAAGGGGACGCCCACCCCACCUUGGCCCCUCUUGGCCCCACCCGGCCUUGUCAGCUCCCAGCCCUGGGAACCCAGCUGUGGGUGCGCAGCCAGGCCGUUGGCGGGGCAAUUAAAACACUGAAUGGGUUCCAGCAGGGUUAAUCACAGCUGCAUUUAUAGAGGCGCCUUUCUGUGAGGAUCUCGAAGACCUCGCUGUGCAUGAUCUCAUUCCUCCCUCUGGGGUCCCCCACCCUGGAACACCACCAAGAAGCCGGGGCCAGGGUGGGCGAACAGCAGGGUAAGGGCAGUGCCGGAAGCAGCCCAGGCUGCUGCCACCCACUCGGGCGGGCAGAUGAGUGUUUGCUCUGGCAGAGAACAAGGGCCCUCAGUCAAUGCCCUUCACAGAAGGGGCCAGCCCGCGACGAGCUAAGCGCUCCGAAAGCCCGCAGCGAGACCUAUUGUGUGCCGGGUGCUGCGGGGUCGCAGAGACCCAGAUGAAUAAAGUCAGGUCGUGCUCUGGAGCCCACAUCCAGCAUGGCAGACUUCCGUCCCCAGGACCUUGGGACAGGCCCUUUACAAAGUACUUGCACUGUCCUCCCGGAGCACGGACAGGGGCAUGGCAGGGAAGGCUCAGGCGCUGCCGUGAGAAUGCCGCGUGACAUGAGGCCCCGAGCUGAGGCAUCGGGCUUACCUGGAGAGGGCCGAUGUUGGAAGUCAGCAGUUUUCAAACUAGGAAAUGAACCGUUUUAGACAGAUGCUUCCACUUGGGCGUCAGAGCAGAGCGGUUUGUGGCCAGAGAAAGGAACGCCAGGAGGCUGGGCUGGUCCUGGUGAGGGUGAGGGGCACUGAGACGGUGACUGACAAUCCAGCCUGGGAGCUGGGGCUUGGUGAGGGGACCGGGGAGAGGGAGAAGUCCGAGGUCACUGAGCAGGGGUGGCUGGCUGCAGGGCUAGGGAGAGAGUGCUGCAGGCAGAGGAGCCCGGGAGGCCGCAGCGCUGGGGGAGAGAGACCAGGGCGCCCUGGGGUAGGCCGACCCCGAGGGGCCGAGCGGCCCCCUGCCAGCACGCUGGGUGAGGUCGGGGGUGUUAGGAGAGCUUCGGAGGCAGGGACUAGCAUCCCUUCCGCCUCCUCUCCCCGUCCCGGGCUGGGCCGAGCAUUAGCCGGGGCCAUUUCAUGGCCUCAUUCCUCCCCCUAGAGGCUCCUGGAAGCAGAGCCGCUUUCUCCUGAGGGUGAAUGGGUUUGUGACAUGAAGGUUUCUUCGGUGGGAGUCCCCAGAAUUGCCAGGUCAACCCCUUGGCCUUCCUCCGCCUGACAGGUGAGCCCUUUUAGGAGCUGGGGGUGGAGGGACACAAGAUUCGUGGCGGGCAGUUUCUAGAGAUCGUGCUGUCCUGUAGGAGGGUGGGGAGUGGCUCUUAUCGCUGCCCACCCUCACAUGGCCACAGCAGCAGCGGCCGAAGUGCCCCAUCUAUGCAGUCUGGCCAGCUGGGGUCCUAGUCCUGGCUCCGCCGCUCACAAGCUGUGACCUUGAGCGGGAAGUUUCACCUUGUUAAGCCUUAAGUUCCUCGUGAUUAAAACCAACAUAAAAGCACCCAUUUCAGAGGCGUUCCCCAGUGAUAAUUACCCUGACUGUACAACUUACUGUCAAAACAAAGCUUCUUACCUCCGUGAGCCAGGAAGUAUGGCCCUUGGAGUGAAGAUGGGUAUGAAAGUAGCGUCGUGAUCGGCACCUACGCAGUUACCAGGACUCCCACAGACACUGAGAGCUGUGGGGACCCGGCUCCACCCGCCCUUACUUCCUGCGCUGGGGUCUGCCCUCCGGCCACGAUCUGAGAGGCUGGGGGCCUCUGGCUCUUCCUCCCUGUGCUGCCAUCUCCCAGAGUGCCUGUUUCAGUCCCCUUGGAGCUUGCCAACCCAAGACACUCACUCCGGGGAAGUGGGAGGUUGCCGACCCUGGGGCUCCUGCUGCCCACUUGGGAGGGUAUCAGCUGGGGCAGGGGUUGGCCCAAUACCUUCUCUGCACCAGGAUCAUGACUCUGGGCAAAUGGUGUUUACCAGCCCGGCGAAGGACCUAUUUAUAGCCUCAGCUGCUCUCCUGGCCGGGUCACGAGCGAGGGGCAGGGCGGCUGCUCAGAACAAGGGCGGUAGUCGGGCCGAAGGACCCCGGCUCUGCCCAGCUGCCGUCGCCGAGACCCCCAGGCCUCUCCCCAUGGCAGAGGAGACCUUCCCAUUCACCUCCUCCACACUGCGGGCUCUCCGCCUGCAGCGGGAGUGGCUGGAGUGGGAGGACCGGCGGCGGGCCGCGGCCCGACAGUGCCGCAGCCAACGGUGCCCCCCCAGUGCCCGGGCCCGACUCACUGGGCCGCACCGCUGCUGCCGAGACCCAGCCGUGCACAAUGCGCUGUUCUCCGGUGACCUGCAACAGGUCCAAGCCCUGUUCCAAGAGGAAGACGCUGCCAACAUGAUUGUGGAGACUGUGAGCAACCAGCUGGCCUGGUCAGCUGAGCAGGGGUUCUGGGUGCUGACCCCCAAGACGAAGCAGACGGCGCCCCUCACCAUCGCUGCUGCCCGAGGCUACACUGACUGUGCCCGCCACCUGAUCCGGCGGGGAGCAGAGCUGGAUGCCCGGGUUGGGGGCCGGGCAGCCUUGCAUGAGGCCUGUGCCCGGGCCCAGUCUGACUGUGUGCAGCUGCUGCUGACCUUCGGCGCCAAAGCCAACGUGCUGUCCGAGGAGGGCACAACCCCCUUGCACCUCUGCACAACUCCCGAGUCCUUGCAGUGCGCCAAGCUGCUGCUGGAGGCUGGAGCGAUCGUGAACGUGGCGGCGCAGGACAGCGAGGUGACACCCCUGCACGUGGCGGCGGCUCGCGGCCUGGAGGAGCACGUGGCUCUCUACCUGGAGCACGGUGCCGACGUGCACCUGCGCACCAGCCAGGGCGAGACGGCCCUGAACGCGGCGUGCGCGGGGGCCGAGGGCCCGGGCAGCGGCCGGCAGCACCAGGGAGCGGCGCGCCGGCUCCUAGAGGCCGGGGCCGAUGCUCGCGUUGCUGGGCGCAAGCGCCACACGCCGCUGCACAACGCCUGUGCCAACGGCUGCGGGGCCCUGGCCGAGCUGCUGCUGCGCCACGGCGCGUGCGCGGGAGCGCCCAACGCGGCGGGCCACACACCCAUGGACUGCGCCCUGCAGGCCGUCCAGGACGCUCCCAAUUGGGAGCCCGAGGUCCUCUUCGCAGCGCUGCUGGACUACGGAGCGCAGCCUGUGCGUCCUGAGAUGCUGAAACACUGUGCCAACUUCCCUCGGGCCCUGGAAGUCCUGCUUAAUGCCUACCCUUGUGUCCCCUCCUGUGAUACCUGGGUGGAGGCAGUACUCCCAGAGCUGUGGCAGGAGCAUGAAGCCUUCUAUGUCUCCGCCCUGAGCAUGGUGAACCAGCCCAGGCGGCUGCAGCACCUGGCCCGGCUGGCUGCGCGCGCUCAGCUGGGUAGCCGCUGCCGACAGGCCGCCGCCCGCCUCCCACUGCCCCCGUUCCUCAGGGACUACCUGCUGCUGCGCGUCGAGGGGCGUAUCCAGUGAGCCCCAUGCCACGGUGCUCCCGGAGCUGGUUCUGCCCCUCCAUCUGGCAUCUCCCUGGAGGACCAAUCCCUGGCUCUCUUGUCCACACUCCGCAUGCCCUCCCCAGCCAGCUCACUCCCUUCACUGCCUUCUUGAGCUACUCGCUGACCUCCUGCCCGACCUGAGCUUCGGCUUCCAACGGGAAGGUGUGCAGACUCAGCCUU